AUGGUUUUAGUUUGUGGGGAAAUUACAUCAAAAGCAAAGGUAGAUUAUCAAGCAAUUGUUAGAGAGACGAUAAAAAAGAUUGGUUAUGAUGAUUCUAGUAAAGGUUUUGAUUAUAAAACCUGCAAUGUAUUAGUUGCAAUAGAAGAACAAUCACCAGAAAUUGCAGCGGGAGUACACCAAAAUAAAAAUGAAGAGAAUUUGGGUGCUGGGGAUCAAUAUCACGAAAGACGUCGUGAUGGAAGCUUGCCAUGGGCACGGCCAGAUUCUAAAUCUCAAGUUACUAUAGAAUAUGCCUAUGAAAAUGGAGCUUGUGUGGCUUUGCGAGUUCACACUAUAGUAAUGUCUGUUCAACAUGCUCCAGAUAUCUCUUUAGAGAAAGUAAGGGAACAAGUUGAAAAUCUGGUAAUUAAAGAGGUAAUAUUUAAUUUGUAA